AAGAAAUUCACGCGACUCGAACAAGGUCCAUUAACCACCAUCAACAUGAACCAAUCACCCAAAGAUUCUAUACCGGAUAUUGACAAACCUGAGCAGCAGACCUUUGUAAAGUUCUUUCGAUCACUCACCGAGGCUGACAGCGAUACCAUUCGGUUAUUCGAACGAGACGCUAAUCAGAAAAGAUAUUAUACCUUUCAUGGCGACAAUGCCCUUUAUAUUGCACAGCAUGUAUACAAGACGACAUCAGUAGUGAAAUAUUGGGGAGGGGAUGCUGUCCGAGGUCUUGCUACCACCAGUCUUUCCAGCAGUGUUGCAGGAUCGUUUUUGAGAGACGCGUUACUCAACAAGCAGAAGCGCAUCGAAAUCUGGACGCAAAAAAAGAACUCGUCUCAUUGGGAACUGUCGCGUAAAGCAUCUCCCGGAAAUCUCCAGGAUGUCGAAGAUUUACUCUUCCUUGACUCGAAUAUGACGGCCGCACCGGUGGUGAUGGCCGUGAAACUAGCUACGAGCAACGAAAACAAGGUCGUGGGGGUGGCGUUUGCAGAUGCCACCGUCAAGGAAUUAGGCAUAGCCGAGUUCCUCGAUAACGAACUGUAUUCCAAUUUCGAGUCGCUUAUCAUCCAACUGGGUGUGAAAGAGUGCUUACUACCUGCUGACGAAACCGAAAAGGACUAUGAGCUGAUCAAAAUUCGAAAUAUAUUGCAACGUUGUGGCGUGGUUAUGACCAGCAGGAAAAAAAACGAUUUCAAUGCUAAAGAUAUUGAGCAAGAUCUUAACCGACUUCUGGAAGGCGAAAUAUCCAGUGCUGCUUUGCCGGAAUUUGAAAUGAAACAGGCCAUGCCUGCCGUGGCAUGUCUCAUCAAAUAUCUCUCGCUGUUAAGCGACGAGCACAAUUUCAAACAAUUCAAACUUCGACAUCACGACUUAUCCCAGUAUAUGCGAUUGGAUGCGUCAGCGCUCGGUGCUUUGAAUUUGAUGCCAGGGCCACAGGAUGGUUCCAACAAGUCCAUGAGCUUAUACGGUCUAUUGAACAAGUGCAAAACUGCUCAGGGGAGCCGAUUAUUAGCGCAAUGGCUGAAACAACCUUUAUUAAAUCUCGACGAAAUCACUCAGCGCCAAGAUAUUGUCGAAGUAUUUUACAAAGAUACCGAACUUCGACAGUCAUUGCAAGAAGAUCACCUUCGAACCGUCCCGGAUUUACAUCGUCUGGCAAAAAGAUUUCAGCGCGGUAUUGCCAAUUUGCAAGAUGUUGUUAGAAUUUAUCAGGUCGUUAUCCGACUACCUGCGCUGUUGAUGUGUCUUGAAGCAUGCAAUGCUCCCACAGAUGCCAUGGGCAACCUGAUCAACGAAAUGUAUACUUCCAAACUCAAAGAAUAUAUCGCCAAAUUGGAGAAACUGCAAGAAUUGGUAGAGACAACGAUUGAUCUGGAUGCGCUCAAGGACCAUGAAUUUAUUAUCAAAUCCGAUUUUGACGAUGAAUUAAAGAACCUUCGAGAAAUGAUUACAGACUUGAAGGAACUGAUAGAAAACCAACACCUCGAGGUCGCCGAGAUGCUAGGGUUGGAUCCGGAGAAAAAGUUGAAAUUGGAGAAACACAGUCUCUAUGGUUAUUGUUUGAGAAUUGGACGAGCGGACGCCUCGGUGAUCCGCCAAGAUCCCCAAUUUAUUGAAUACUCCACACAAAAGGCCGGUACCUACUUUUCAACGGGUAAAAUGAAACAUCUGAAUACCCAGUUGACGCAAUUUGGCACAUCCUACGAACGUCGACAGAAUGAUCUCGUCAAGGAAGUGAUCAAUAUCGUUGCCACCUAUUGUCCUGUGCUCGAAUUGCUCGGUGGGGUUCUGGCUCACAUGGAUGUGUUGGUGAGCUUUGCUCACGUAUCUAUCAUGGCGCCUAUUCCGUACAUUCGUCCCGAUAUCCGACCAAUGGGACAAGGCAAUGUGCAUCUCCAAGACGCAAGACAUCCUUGUUUAGAGGUGCAGGACGAAGUGAACUUUAUUCCAAAUGACGUGGAAAUUACAAGGAAUCAAUCCGAGUUUCAGAUUAUUACCGGCCCUAAUAUGGGUGGCAAAUCCACCUACAUUCGACAGAUUGGCGUUAUUGCCCUGAUGGCUCAAGUGGGUUGCUUCGUCCCCUGUACGGAAGCAAAGCUGUGCAUAUUUGAUUCCAUCCUGGCCCGUGUCGGAGCCGGAGACAGCCAACUCAAGGGAGUUUCGACAUUUAUGGCGGAGAUGUUGGAAACCGCGACGAUUCUAAAGUCUGCAAGCAAACAUUCGCUAAUUAUUAUCGACGAGCUUGGACGAGGUACAAGCACUUACGACGGAUUCGGUUUGGCAUGGGCAAUUUCAGAACAUAUUGCCACCCAAAUCAGGGCAUACUGUUUAUUUGCUACGCAUUUUCAUGAAUUGACGGCGCUCGGUGAAAAUGUACCGCAUGUGAAGAAUUUGAACGUGGCCGUUCACGUCGGUAACGAAGGAGACAGUGACCGAAAUAUCACGCUACUGUACAAAGUCAAUGAAGGCGUGUGCGAUCAAAGUUUCGGUAUCCAUGUCGCGGAGUUGGCCAACUUUCCUGUUACCGUUGUGAAACUGGCUAAACGAAAAGCAGCCGAGCUGGAAGAUAGUACAAACGUAGAUGAAGAGUCGAAAAAGCACAAGGGUGACAGCGUCAAGGACGGUACCGCGCUUGUUCAAAAGAUGAUUCAAGAAAUUGCCAGUGUGGACAACAUGGAGUCACUGGAUCAUGACAUGCUACUGCAACGGGUUCGUGAUAUCAAGAACAAGUAUAAGCAUGAGAUGGAAGCAAAUCCUUAUUUGCAAGAUCUGAUGGCCGGGCUUUGAAAAGCUGGCACGAAAAAAAAGGGUGCAGGGCACAAAAUAAAAAAAAAGUGGAGAUGCGCAU